UUGAAAGUAACGCGCGAAUACGUUAAUCACUGUGUUCACGAGCCGACAUGCAUCGGAUACGCUUGUUCGACUUGGCCGCAUCGACGAAGCUGCGACGAAGAUUCAACAUGCCGAUGAUCUAUCACCGAUCGAUCGCCGGCCGAAAUUCCCUCAUCUACGGAGCAGUUGUUGCGACCGCUCGUAAGAAUGGAUCGCCUAUUGUAGCAUUGGAGUCGACGAUCAUCACGCACGGCAUGCCUUAUCCGGACAAUCUGAACACCGCGCUCAGAAUCGAGGACGCGAUUAGAAAGCAAGGUGUAGUACCGGCAACAAUAGGAAUCAUUGAUGGAAAGAUAUACAUUGGCUUGAACAAGGGGCAAUUGGAGGUCUUAUCCAAAGCAGACCCUAGCAAGACUGUGAAAUGUUCACGCAGGGAUAUCUCCGCUAUUGUGUCAUGUGCAAUGAACGGUGGUACAACUGUCAGUGCUACAAUGUUGAUUGCACAUGUAGCAGGUAUCUCAAUCAUGGCAACAGGUGGUAUCGGAGGUGUUCACAGAGGUGCUGAACUGUCUUGGGAUGUUAGUACAGAUUUAACUGAAUUAGAACGUACACCAGUAGCAGUUGUCUGUUCUGGUGUGAAGUCUAUCUUAGAUGUAGAGAAAACUCUGGAGUACUUGGAGACUCAUGGAGUUCCAGUGGUGAAGAUUGGAGAGACAUUGGACUUCCCAGCGUUUUACUGCUUGAAAACCUUGAACGAAGUGAAAGCACCGUGCCGAGUUUCCAACGCCGAGGAAGCGGCGGAUAUCGUGCAGACGCAGAGAACACUGGGCAUUAACACCGGGAUUUUAUUCGCGGUGCCGAUUCCCCACGAAUACGCAUUGGACCCCACAGUCAUGGAUGUCGCCAUACGCGAGGCCUUGAAGAAGGCCAAUGAGGCGCGCGUAACCGGCAAGCAGGUUACGCCGUUUCUUUUAAGCCAGCUCAAUGAGAUCACGCACGGACAGUCCUUGGGAGCGAAUGUAGCUCUCGUGGAGAAUAACGCUAAGGUCGCUGCCGAGAUCGCUUUGAGACUCUGCAAGAGAACGUCUCAGAGUGCACCAUCGAGCACGGCGGCCUCCGCCGCCGCGUCAGUGCGAUCGAUCAUAUGCAAGCAAAAACCGGUAAUAAUCGGCGGCGCUGUUCUCGACACCGUACUGCAAGUGAGGGAAUCUGAAAUAAGCAGUGACGGCAGAACGCAUGAUGGACGAAGCAGACGCAGCUGCGGCGGGGUCGGCCGGAACAUCGCCGAAGCGUUGAUCAAGCUCGGUUUGGCGAACACACGGCUGAUAUCCGUUGUGGGCGAUGAUGAGCACGGCAGAUUGAUAGUCGACAGCCUCGGAGCCGGGGCGGAGACGGUGAAGCGGUUGCCUGAUGUGGAUACCGCAAGAUUCACAGUGGUGUUGAACGGCAACGGAGAAUGUUCCUUCUGCAUCAACGAAAUGGAAUCCUUCGCGGCGAUUGCGCCCGAACUGAUACGGGAGCACCGCUCACACCUCGAAGAAGCCAGUCUCCUGGUCCUCGAUGCCAAUCUUCCGACUGAUACCAUGCGCUACGUGCUGGACAUUGCGUCGCAAGCCAACGUGCCGAUUUGGUAUGAGCCCACGGAUAUCCAGAAAGCAGCGAGGAUAUUCCAAGUUGGUCGACAAUGGCGAGAUGUGUUACAUUUUAUUUCGCCCAAUUUACACGAGCUAAGAGUUAUCAGCAGAUUCUUCGGCAUUUCUGUCACCCAAGACACAGACUGGGAAGCUGAGGCGAGGCGUAUAGCCGACAGAUUGAGCGAACACAUUCCAGUGAUCGUCACUACUCUGGGACCACAAGGAGUGUUGGUAACACGCGGAGCAUCGGGAAACGAGCCCUUCUACGACGAAGACGGGAAGCUGACGAUCGCUAAUUCCUCCGUCUUAUCUCGCUUGUAUCCCGCUGAAGAGAAGAAUGCUACGAAAUCCGGCGAGGUGCUCAGCGUGAGCGGUUGCGGGGAUUGUUUGGCCGCUGGAGUAAUUUACGGGAUUCAUCGAAAUUUAGACGAGAGCGAUUGCAUUCUCGUAGGUCUGAGAGCCGCAGCGCUUUCGCUCAAGUCUUUCGACGCGGUUCCGCCGACACUCGAGGCCGUUCUCUCUAUUAACGGCGAUAAAUCUCGAUUCGAUCGAUAGAUACAUAUCGAAGCGAUACAGCACGCUGUAUCAAGCAACUGAU